CUCUCACACACUCUCUAUGUCUCGUUCCUCUCCCUCCUGCCUCUCUCUCAAUUCUUUCUCUCUUUUUCCCCGGAUAAUUCUUCAUCCAAACCUCAACCACGUAUGAUUGCGUAGAGAGAGAACCGUGAGCCCAUUCACUCAUGCCUGUAGGCGAGAGGAGAGCACCCGCAUACCAUCCAUACGGAAGGAAAUAAUCCAUUACUCCAAUCGUGUUGUCUGCAAGGAAACCGGCUUUUUGGAAGAUUUUUAUAGUCUACAUACGAACAAUAAUAACGAAACGCAUAUGUUUUUCUCUCAUUGUAAAGCCACAUCACUAUGUUGCUGCUGCAUUCUCAGAGAUCAUUAUCUUUCCCCGACGGUGCUCGGAGGGUCUGCUGGUAGAAGGGCUGGUACAGAUGGCACAGAUGCCGGUAGUCCCGGAGAGUGAGUGGGGCAGCCAAAUGGACCGCCGCCUACCCUUUGUCCCCUCUCGAUUCGGUUUUGACUUCGGCUUAAUACAUUGACAAGUUAUGAGACGUUGCAUUCACCCAGCUGUUGAUGAAAUAGUUUACAGUGAAGUUUAAGGUGUCUCGAAUGCAUUAUGGUGCUGGAUAUUUUGACACUCACGGACUUUCCGUGCAAAUGAGGAUUAUACCGAGGGGGACAGUCGUGCUUGUCAGACCUGGAAUACCUGAGACUCAAUUUUGCGUACGCACGCUCCGAUAACACACAAACUUAUUUACCAUAGUUGCAUUUUUUUUAUUGCCUAGAUUAUGCGUAAAUUGGUGGCAUUUAUACUUUCCCUGCAAUGAAUUUGUGUAUUUUCUAAGGGGUCAGAAUGACAUUUUGCUAAAUCCGCGUGGAUCGUUUUUUUUAUUUUUUAUUUCACGGUUGUUUUUGCUCCAAACUAUCACACAACCACUCGAUCUCUGUCCAACGACUCUUGGUUCGGUUCGGCUCAGCCGCGAGGGAGAUGGCCGCUAUCGCCAGCUCCUUGAUCCGUCAGAAACGCCAGGCGAGGGAGUCAAACAGCGACCGAGUCUCCACUACAAAACGACGUCCUAGCCCCAGCAAAGAUCCUCGUUCCAUAUGCGAGCGCCAUUUCUUGGGGGUCUUCAGCAAAGUCCGUUUCUGCAGCGGAAAGAAAAGACCAGCCGCUCGGCGGCGACCAGAUGCAUCCUCCAAACCUCCACAGGUGUCCCGUAAGGGCGGCAGGCUAGAGCCGCAGCUGAAGGGCAUCGUGACACGACUGUUCAGCCAGCAGGGCUUCUACCUGCAGAUGCAGCCGGAUGGCUCUAUCGAUGGCAGCAAGGACGAGAACAGCGACUACACCCUGUUUAAUCUUAUUCCUGUGGGUCUGAGGGUGGUGGCCAUCCAAGGGGUGAAGGCCGGCCUCUACAUCGGCAUGAACGGAGAGGGUUUCCUCUACAGCUCAGAAAUGUUCACGCCGGAGUGCAAGUUUAAGGAGUCGGUGUUUGAGAAUUACUACGUGAUCUACUCGUCCACUGUGUACCGGCAGCAGGAGUCCGGUCGGGCCUGGUUCCUGGGCCUCACCAAGGAAGGCCAGGUCAUGAAGGGGAACAGGGUCAAGAAGACCAAGCCCUCAUCACACUUUGUCCCCAGGCCCAUUGAAGUGUGUAUGUACAGGGAGCCGUCGCUGCAUGAGAUCGAGGAGAAACAGCGCUCCAGGAAGAACUCAGGGACUCCCACCAUGAACGGAGGGAAAGCUGUCAACCAGAAUUCCUAGCAGCGGGGCCCCAAGGGUGGGGGGCCACUAGGGUGCCCGGUCCCUCCUCUCUUAAACAGAGGGGAGAGGGGCCACAAACUCCCCUCACCACCAUGCCCUCUGAAGGGAUGGACCGCCACGAGGGGGAGGAGCUACACCCAAGACCACAAAAAAACUCUUGCCUGUGAAAAUCUUUUAGACAAAUAUCAAGAUCUACCCAGAGGAAAACAAAAAAGCGACUACAAACAUUUUCAAUCAGGACUUGACCUACGUUUUAUGCAAAAAAAGAAAAAAAAGCUGUGACAAGACAAAGAAAUGGUGGUCUCUUCACAAUACAAAUAUCUAUCGUUUCCAAUUUAUGCUGUGAAAAAUUUGCUUUAAACACAUUUGAUUUCCCAUGCGUUGAUUUUAUGAAUGCUAUGACACGCUCACAAGUUUUAUUGUCCAUUAAUAAUAAUAUUAUGUAUGUGGUGACUAACUCAUCAUCCCAAUCUUAGUAUCAUUGUUAUUCUGUGUUUCGUUUGAGACUGUAGAAGUUUGAAAAAUAGUUUGUUUUCAUAUUGCGUGACAGUGAAUGCCCUUUUCACUGGUGUGAGGGUAAACAUGUAAUGUAUAUGAGAGCUCACCGUUGGGCUCGGAAGUAACAGGUAUGGGUGUGUGGGAUGGGUUUUGCUCAGGUGAUUGUCCUUUCGGUGAGGAAUACGUUGGGUGGAUCUCAAUACUCUAAUUUUGGAGUCUCCUCACACUCUUCGGUAUUACAGGACUAGACAACUAAAAGCAAUACAGAGGGGCUACUACACCAAGCCUCACAGCAGGCAUCUACCAUAUUAUGGUGCGUUCGAGUGCUGUCGGAAAUACAAGUUCUCGACUCGGAAAUAACCACUUGAACGAUCCUCAAAGUCUGAAAUACAAAACAUGGUCCAGAGUUGUGACGUUUCAUCGCCGGCCCUUCACCUUUUCAACCACUAGACGGUAGAAGAAAACCAUUUACAACCUUAACCAUGUGAUUAACGUAGCUUAGUGGAUCCGUACAGUAUAUAGUUUGACACAUUGUCAACGUAAGCAACAUUAGCUAGAUUAGCCAUCUAGCUAGAAUCUCAUUGGUCGAAGAGUUAUUCCAAACUUCAUUAGCACACGAGCGCACUCGUGCCAUAAUUUACAACUUCAUCAAUUGGAAAAUACCGAGAUUCUGAGGACCACUCGAACGCACCGUUACUCUCAACAAUCCCGUCCUGGCAACUCAAUGGUCAGGAGGGAAAAGAAACAAGAAAGGAAAUAGCCUUGAAAUAGCAUCAAUACUCUGGCAACGUGUUUGUAGGCAGGAGGAAAAAAGGUAGAUAGAACUUCAGGUUUGUUUUUGUUAGGUGAACCAGCACUACUAAGGGGAUUUGUCUCUAAUAAGAACUAGCUUGGCCAAUCCUAUGGGAGAAAAUGUCAUAUUCUCUCCAGAAAACAGGGAAACUUGGCUAGCAUCCGCCAAUCAAUGAUUCUUUCACGAAUACUUGAAACUGGUGUAUUUCACCUCAGCAUGCGCUUUGACAAAGACUUUGUUCAAAGUGAUCAGAGAAUGCUUUUAGUCGGUACAAAGAAAUCAUGGACAUGUCCUUAGGGAGGCAAGUUGUGGCUUGUUUAAGGGCAAGACAUAGACACAGUACUGUAUGCAUCAGAGAAGGUUGGAUUGCUGGCAGGUCUUGCAGAUCAGACAAGUAUUCGUCCCAAUACUCUUAAGAAGCUUCCUCUCCUUGUGUCUUGUUGAUGGGUUGUGGCGUAUUCAUUUCAUAGAAGUAGUCUCUUUAUAUCUUUAUAUAUACAAGGUAAAGGAAAAAAAAAUAAAGGAAGUCUUUUAAGAGGAUUUUGGACAAAGCCCCUGGGAAACCCGCUUUCAUUGUUAAUAUUUCACCUACGAUACUGUACUCAAUAACAGCCUACCACAACGGAAUGGAGCCCAGUCAUCCAAAACCCAGGAAAACAAAACAUUUGGACGCCAGAAGGUGCGUUUGCCCUGAGAGUCUGUAAAUAUUUCACUGUUUUGUACUUCCAGGCUGGCAUCCUAAUGGCAUCCAUCGCAGUAGGGGCUGGCAUCCCAAUGGCUUCCAUUGCAGUAGGUUUGGUGAGCCAUUAAAUGAGCCAUUUUCUGCAUUGUGGAAACGAGACCCUGUCAUUUCAUAAAUAAAAUGUAGGACAACGGCAAAGGAGCGACAAAGGAGAUAUAUGAAGGUCAGACCAGUUGUUAAGGCAGGGAAGA